UCAGCGACCGUCAACCGAGCCGCGGAGGAGGACUGCUUUAUAACAACACACAUCUAAACAGCGAACACGCACGGGAUAUAUAAAAAAAAAAUGCGCAAGUUUACGGCUUGGACUUGAAUAUUAAGGAGUUUUCUGGAGGCGAGCGGCCGGCAGCAGAGGAGGAAACAAAUUAAAAUCAGUGGGAAUGCAGGGAAUUAAAUAGAGACUUAAAGCGUUUUUGUGUGUGUGUGUGUGUGUGUGGCUACAAGUGUGUGUGUGGCUACAAGUGUGUGUGUGACUCUGCAGUCCCAUCGGGAGAGGAGACGACAAAACUUGAAUCCUACUUACUUACGUCUGACUUCAGUUUCUCGUCUGAAGUGGUGAUGUCUUGAGUUGGUGGUCCUCUCCAGCCCAGUGAAGGACGUGCCAGUGCCGGGCUGCUGCUAAUGGGAACUCCUGCUCCGCCAUGAGUACCCGUGAUGGCGUUGGUGGCAUGGGCACGCUUGGCCGGCGGCAGCGCUUCGAGAACUCAGAGUUCACUGUGCGCAUCUACCCCGGCGCCCUGGCCGAGGGAACCAUCUACUGCCCGAUCAGUGCCCGCAAGACCACCACAGCUGCCGAGGCCAUUGAACGCGUCAUCGAACGCCUGCAGCUUGACCGCACCAAGUGUUACGUUCUGGCUGAGGUGAAGGAGUUUGGUGGAGAAGAAUGGAUUCUGAACCCUUGCGACUGUCCCGUGCAGAGGAUGAUGCUGUGGCCCCGUGUGGCUCUAGAGCACCGCCCACUGUCUGGCGGCGAGGAUUACCGCUUCCUCCUGAGGCAGAAAAACCUGGACGGCUCGAUCCACUACGGCGGCAGCCUCCAGAUGUGGCUGCAGGUCACAGAAGAGCGCAGGCGCAUGAUGGAACGAGGACUGCUUCCCCAGCCGGAGUCUCAGGGAGACCACGCGGAUCUGUGCCGCCUGCCGGAGCUCAACGAGCGCUCGCUGCUGGACAACCUGCGCUCACGUUUCCGCCAGGAAAGGAUCUACACCUACGUUGGAAGCAUCCUCAUCGUCAUUAAUCCCUUCAAGUUCCUGCCCAUCUACAACCCCAAGUAUGUGAAGAUGUAUGAUAAUCAUACACUGGGAGAUUUGGAGCCACAUAUUUAUGCUGUGGCAGAUGUAGCGUAUCACGCAAUGCUGCAGAGAGAGAGGAAUCAGUGCAUCGUGAUAUCAGGGGAGAGCGGCUCUGGGAAGACGCAAAGCACGAACUUCCUCAUUCAUCACCUGACCGCUCUCAGCCAGAAGGGUUUUGCCAGUGGAGUGGAGCAGAUUAUCUUGGGGGCGGGACCAGUACUAGAGGCUUUUGGGAACGCAAAGACAGCGCACAAUAACAACUCGAGUCGCUUUGGCAAAUUCAUUCAGGUGAACUACCAGGAGAGCGGCACUGUGAGAGGAGCAUAUGUGGAGAAGUACCUCCUGGAGAAGUCAAGGCUGGUCUAUCAGGAGCACAAUGAGAGAAACUACCACGUGUUUUACUACCUGCUGGCAGGAGCGAGUGAAGAAGAGAGGACAGCCUUUCACCUCAUGAAGCCUGAAGAAUAUCAUUACCUCAGUCAGAUGACAAAGUCAACCCACCAACUGCACUGGGACAGUUACUGUGACAGUGAACCGGAUUGUUUCACGGUGGAAGGAGAAGACCUGAAGCACGACUUUGAGAGGCUUCAGCUCGCUAUGGAGAUGGUGGGCUUUCUCCCUUCAACACGCAAACAGAUCUUUUCUCUGCUGUCGGCCAUCCUUCACCUGGGCAACAUCCGCUACAAGAGGAAAACCUACAGAGAGGACUCCAUCGAUAUCUGUAACCCUGAGGUGCUGCCUGUUGUCUCCGAACUGCUGGAGGUGAAAGAAGAGACGCUGUUCGAAGCUCUCACCACACGGAAGACGGUUACUGUUGGAGAGAAGCUGAUUGUUCCUUACAAACUAUCAGAGGCCGGCACAGUUCGGGACUCCAUGGCGAAGUCUUUGUACAGCGCUCUGUUCGACUGGAUCGUCUUCAGGAUCAACCACGCUCUGCUCAACAUCAAGGACCUGGUGGAGACCACCAAGAUCUUGUCCAUCGGAGUGCUCGACAUCUUUGGUUUCGAGGAUUACGAGAACAACAGCUUCGAACAAUUCUGCAUCAACUUUGCCAACGAGCGUCUCCAGCAUUACUUCAACCAGCACACCUUCAAACUGGAACAGGAGGAGUACAGGUCAGAGGGCAUCAGCUGGCACAACAUCGACUACAUUGACAACACAGGCUGCAUUAACCUGAUCAGCAAGAAGCCCACGGCGCUGUUCCACCUACUGGAUGAAGAGUGCAACUUCCCCCAGGCCACCAACCAGACUCUGCUGGAUAAGUUUAAGCGGCAGCAUGAGGGGAACAGCUACAUCGAGUUUCCUGCUGUCAUGGAGCCCGCCUUCAUCAUCCAACACUACGCUGGCAAGGUCAAGUACGGCGUCAAGGACUUCAGGGAGAAGAACACGGACCACAUGCGUCCGGACAUCGUAGCUCUGCUGAAGAGCAGCAAGAACGCCUUCAUCUGCGGGCUGAUCGGCAUCGACCCGUCGGCCACUUUCCGCUGGGCGGUACUCCGAGCCUACUUCAGGGCCCUGGUGGCUUUCAGAGAGGCCGGGAAGAGACACACGCAGAAGAAGACCGGGCAUGAUGACGCUGCUCCCUGUGCAGUUUUGAAAAGUGUGGAUAGUUUUAGCUUUCUGCAGCACCCUGUGCAUCAGAGAAGCUUAGAGAUCCUGCAGAGAUGCAAAGAGGAGAAGCACAGUGUGUCCAGAAGGAGUCCACGCACGCCGCUGUCUGACCUUCAGGGGAGCAACACCAUCAAUGAGAUUUCACCGCGGAGUUCUCCUGGCCUGGGCUGGAACGGGCGUAUGAGUCGACAGAGCCGUUUAUCAACCAGCAGCUCCAACACAGAAGAAGACGGCAUCUUUGUGAACUCUGCCAACAGCAAACUGCUGGAGAGAGCCCACGACAUCCUCAUGAGGAACAAAAACUACAAAUCCAAGCCAGUUCUUCCGAAGCAUCUACUGAAUGUAAAGUCCCUGAAGUACCUCAGCAACCUGACGCUUCAUGACCGCAUCACCAAGUCGCUACUUCACCUGCACAAGAAGAAGAAACCGCCGAGUAUCAGCGCACAGUUCCAGGCCUCCCUCAAUAAGCUAAUGGAGACUCUGGGUCAGUCUGAGCCUUAUUUUGUCAAGUGCAUCCGUUCCAAUGCUGAGAAGCUGCCUUUGAGGUUUAAUGAUAACCUGGUGCUGAGGCAGCUGCGGUACACAGGCAUGCUGGAGACUGUGCGCAUCAGACAAUCGGGUUACAACAUCAAGUACAGCUUCAAGGAUUUUGUUCAUCACUUCAGCGUGCUGCUCUCAGAGAGCACCAGGGCCACCAGAGAGGACAUCCAAGAGUGUUUGGAUCAGCUCGACCUGCAACCAGAUGGGUACCAAGUGGGAAAGACAAUGGUGUUUCUGCGAGAGGCUGAGCGCCAGCAGCUGCAGGCCUUACUGCACACAGAAGUUCUCAGGCGUAUCGUCACGCUGCAAAGGCGCUUCAGAGGCCGGCUGGAGAGGAAGCAGUUUGUCAGAAUGAGAGAAGCCGCGCUCUGCAUCCAGAAAUGGUGGCACUCAUACCGGCCCAUAGAAGAAGAGGAGGAUGAAGAUGAGGAGGAGGAUUAUGAUCCUUCAGUUCAGCAGGGGGCCGCGUUAUGUCUGCAGACUCACUGGCGAGGUUACAGAGAGCGUCAGAGGUUCCGGCUGUGGAGGGAGUCUGCUGUGGUGCUGCAGAGAGCGUGGAGGUUAUGGCUCUCCAGACGUUGCUCAGCGGCUCUGGUUAUUCAGACGGCCUGGCGCUGUCAUCAAGCCAGAGAAGCAUACCUACGUCUGUGCGGAGCUGUGGUACAGCUGCAGGCUAACAGCAGAGGCUACCUCACAAGGCAGAGCUUCCGAAAACUGAGAGAUCAAAGACUGAAGGAGAUGAAGGAGCUUGAGGAGAAAGUGCUUCAGCUACAGAAUGGCCAGGUGAGUCUCUCUCCAGAGGAAGAGGAGGAGAGGAUCAUGGGGUUGGACAUCAGCACAUGGGAGGAUCCUUCUUACCAACAGCGGGAAAGGAGCCUCCAAAUCCUCAGCAGCCAGGAGGGUGCACAAAAGGAUGAAGGAGAAGGAAGAGAACAUGCUGAGAGAACAGAGAGCAUCUCUAAAGUGGAAACUGAAGCGAUCCAGAUGUCGGGUGUGGUGGUACGAGAGAGGUCUAGGACUGUCGACGAGCCCAGCCAGAAGAACCGUGCCAAGCGAGAGAGCCGGCGGAUGAGGGAGCUGGAGCAGGCAAAGUUCAGCCUGGAGCUCCUCAAAGUGCGGGCCACAGGUGGUGGUGCGUCGUCGCCAUCUGAGGAGAGGCGCUGGUCUGUGGAGCUGAUGCCCUCUGUGACCCCGCCCUUAUGUUCACCGCAGGGAACGCCCGACAGCCAGAGCUCCAAAGGAAGCUUUGAGCUUCUCAGCAUGGAAGACGAGGCUCCUAAGGCUGUAGAGGAGGUGACCGACAGCGAGGACGCUUCUCCCCUCCGCCUUCUUCCUCCUGAACCAGAGCUUCCUGUAGAGGUGGUCUCAACAAGCCCAAUGCCCGCCGAACCCCACAGGACAGAGGUGUCUGAUGCUGUAGCUCACGCAGGUAGUGAACCCCAGAAAAAAAUGGAUCAGACAGCCCCAUCUGCGCCCAUGAGUCCGCCCAAAAACGAGAACUACCUCCCUACCUUUUACGUCCCUGCUAGCGAGGGCAGCACAGUCGUCUCUGUUCCUCCUGCAGAAAAAGAUCAGCCAACCCGAGAGGCAGCCAUUUCCACAACCACCACCACCACCACUACUGUUAUCAAGUCUGUCAAAGAAAGGAAAGAAUCCACACGGAGGCCAGUGGUGGUGGUCAUCAGUAUGCAGAAAGAAACCCCACUAAGUGAGGAGCUGAGUGAUAUCAUCCGUCCCCCUGUGGAGGUUCGAGAUUCUGCAGCUCAGACAGGGGAUUUAACGCCGUCCCCGCAGAAACCAGGCCCAGCUCCUGUGCCUCAAAGUCCCGUCCACGCUCCUAAAUCGGCCCCCCAGGCCGACCCUAUCGUCAUCGAGAAGCUGGUGCGACUGAACGAGGAGAAGGAGGUGCGGCAGCGGAAUCAGCAGCAGCAGAACGAGAAGGAGAUGAUGGAGCAGAUCAGGCAGCAGAAAGAAGCGCUGGAGCGCCAGCGAUUGUUCUUCGCUCAGUACGAGAGAGACAUGUUUGAGAAACAGAGAGGAGAAGCUCUGAACAAGAUCCAGCAGAGUCGACAGGGACACGGACAAGAUGUUGGUGGAGCUGCAACAUCUGGAAAGCCCCUCAGGCCCAGUUCACUGCUGAUAGAGAGGACAGCAGGAGCCAUUCCUCAUGCCAGGACACAAUCUAGCUCCACUCCCCCAUUAGUGCACUCUCCCCCAGGUGUAGACAUCCAGCGCCAGACGCCCCGACCACAGCUGCCUCCCCCACCAGCAUCUGCUCCCAGAGAGAGACCCAGGCCUCCUGCCGAGGGCUGGGCACCCAAACUCACCCUGGAGACCAAAGAUGGAGGAACCAGGGUGAGAACAGCAGCAAAGAAGCCCGCAAGUAAUCAAAGCACCGCAGUCAGUAUGAAAGACAAACCAGGCAACAUUUUUUUCUCCCCAAAGGACAACGUCACGUUUACAAAGUUUGACGGUGAUGCUGUUCCUAAAGAAACACCUGCAACCGCCCCACGAGAGAGUCCCGCUCCGGUCCCAAAGCCUCCUAAAGGAUCAAAAUCCAGAGAUGUUGGCAGAGUGGGCCAAAAAAAGAAAGCCAGAAUGGCUCGGACCCGCUCCGACUUCCUCACCCGCGUCCCCAUCACCUCAGUGGGGGGCGAUACAGACGAGGAUGACAAUGACGCCGACAGCCCCGUCAGCCCCCGUCAUUACACUCUGCCGCUCUCCAAACAGAGCUCCUCAGACGCGGGCUUAGGAGAGUCCUGUUUCAGUGACUCAGACAUGCCUGCGAGCACUGAGGAGCAAAAGAAACUUCACAAAGUCAUGUCAUCGGGAGAUUUGUGCAAAUCGGACUCAAUGCACAAGAGCUCGCAGGAUGGGAGGGUUCGUGGUAAGAUGCGUUUCUGGGGAAAGACCAAGUACGGAGAUAAGAAGACGUCCAGAGAGAAGCUGAUUUGUGGAGCUGAUUCAGUGGAUGCAGACUAUGGAGAUACAGGACCGCUGCUGGGAGAAGGUCAGGAAAACAUGUCGCCCCCCUGCAGUCCUGACCUGACGUUGGAUCGAGGGUUCAGGGACCUGAAGGAGAACAAGGAGCCGUCCCCUAAGGUGAAGCGAAGGCGCAGCGUUAAGAUUAGCAGCGUGGCUCUGGAGUCGGCUCAGUGGCAGAACGACUCGCUGCAGAUCCUCACCUGCACCAACGACUACAGGAGCAUGAACGACUUCCUGAUGAAGAAGAUCAACGACUUGGACACAGAGGACAGUAAGAAGGACACCAUGGUGGACGUCGUCUUUAAAAAGGCUUUGAAGGAGUUCCGUCUCAACAUUUUCAACUCUUACUCAACUGCACUCGCUAUGGAUGAUGGUAAGAGUAUCCGCUACAAAGACCUGUACGCUCUGUUCGAGCAGAUCUUGGAGAAGACUAUGCGACAGGAGCAGAGGGACUGGAGAGAGUCUCCUGUCAAAGUGUGGGUCAACACCUUUAAAGUUUUCCUGGAUGAGUUCAUGACAGAGUACAAGCCUCUGGACAGCACACUCAGCAAGCAGGCACCUAAACCUGAACGUAAAAAGCGGAGGAAAAAGGACACCGACAUUGUGGAGGAGCAUAACGGCCACAUCUUCAAGUCCACCCAGUACAGCAUCCCCACAUACUGUGAAUACUGCCAGUCACUCAUCUGGAUGAUGGACCGGGCCUGUGUGUGCAAAUUGUGUCGCUACGCCUGCCACAGAAAGUGCUGCCAGAAGACGACCACCAAAUGCAGUAAGAAGUUUGAUCCAGAGCUUUCCUCCAGACAGUUUGCUGUUGAAGUUUCUCGUCUGACUAACGAUGAGAGGGCGGUGCCGUUAGUAGUGGAGAAGCUUAUAAACUACAUAGAGAUGCACGGCGUCUACACUGAAGGAAUAUACAGAAAAUCAGGAUCCACCAACAAAAUCAAAGAGCUCAAGCUUGGACUUGACACAGAUGUGGACAGCACAAACCUGGAUGACUACAACAUCCAUGUUAUUGGGAGUGUUUUCAAGCAGUGGCUCAGAGAGCUGCCUAAUCCUCUGAUGACAUUUGAGCUGUAUGAGGAGUUUAUACGUGUUAUGGGUCUGCGGGAUAAAAAAGAAACCAUCCGAGCGGUAUAUUCAAUUAUUGACCAGCUAAGCAGAACUCACCUAAACACUCUGGAACGCCUCAUAUUUCAUCUUGUCAGGAUCGCCUUGCAAGAGGAAACAAACCGCAUGUCAGCAAACGCCUUGGCUAUAGUUUUUGCCCCGUGUAUCCUGCGCUGUCCGGACACCAUCGAUCCCCUGCAGAGCGUCCAGGACAUCAGCAAGACCACAGCGUGUGUAGAACUUAUAAUCUGUGAACAGAUGAAUAAGUACAAAGUGCGACUAAAGGACAUCAGCAGCCUGGAGUUUGCUGAGAAUAAAGCCAAGUGCAGACUGACCCUCAUUAGGCGAUCAAUGAAACCCGCACUAAUAGCUGUUAGAUUUUUGAGCAUAGCGCGCACUAUGCAGCCAAAUGCAGCCAAAAAGGGAAAAGGACACGUACAGCGACUCAGCUACCACACGCCCUCGCCUCCCGUUAGUCCCCGGCUGCCGUAUGUGCCUGACGCUGUGAUAACAGAAAGUGAUGGCGAAGACAGAGCCGACUCUUUACCAGAGAUCUCUGAGCAUCAGCAGGCAGCCAUGCAGCAGGAAGAGAGAGUGUUGACUGAGCAAAUUGAGAGCCUGCAGAAAGAAAAAGAGGAACUGACUUUUGAGAUGCUGGCUCUGGAGCCUAGAGCAUCAGAUGAUGAGACCUUGGAGUCGGAGGCCUCUAUCGGUACAGCUGACAGCUCUGAAAACCUCAACGUGGACUCUGAAGGAACCAUUUCUGACUUCUCUGAGAGAGGUCCGAUGGUGACUUCCCCCUGGCCUCGGAGAUCUGACGUACAGAGCCCCCGAAGACGUGGUCUACGCCGUCAGCCUGACUCUGUGGACUCAGUGGAUUCAUGCUCCAGUGUUUCCUCCUACUCCUCUUCAUCACACUUUCAGCCAAUGUCCUCUGCCACAGGCCGACGCUUUCGUUUUAACAACAAGUCUCCCUCAGGUUCAGCCCAGGCCCAGGCUCUCAAUACAUCUCAGGCCUCCCAAUCCGACAGUGCAGACAUGAGCCCGACAGGAGAUCAGGACGGGUCAUACGAUGAAGUUCCCCAGUUUAUUAGCAGAGGCACCUUCAAUCCAGAGAGGGGCAAACAGAAACUAAGGGGGGCCAAGCAUUCAACCAGGAGGCACUCCAGAGAUGGUGAAGGGCACGGCAGAGACCCUUCAGACCUACCACAGCAGAUUUUGUAUGGCAACAAUGAAUUCAUGGUAUGAAGGACACUGGGACACCAAAGCACUCCCUUUUUUAACUCCCUGGCAGGAAUAUAAGCUCUCAGUGGGAGAUACCGCAAUGGCGACUGAUCUCAGCUCUUCAAAGCAUUUUGCUUAGCCUUUCUUUGUUGGAAGUCUGCAAAGAAGUCUCCCCAAGUGCCGUGUACAGUGUUACUGAGGGGGUUGUUUUACAGAGGGACAUAACUCAGUGGAAGGGCUCCUCUUCUGUGGACUAAACUGCCAACCAUGCUCUCACAGUGCCUUGGCAGCUUUUUACCAGCGCCAAGAGGAGACGCACUGAGCAGGAGGACAGAGAAAAGGGAAUGUUGGAAUAUGCUGAGGACCACUCAGCAUCAGGGAAAGUUACAGAGCUGGAAAGCUAAGGCAGUGUAUUACUGAAGAUGAGAAGAAAUCAGGCAACAUCAGGCAUCAUGGAUGUUGCAGUGAACCUUAAGCUCAAUAUUAUUAGCUGCUUUAUGAGUUUACAGUUCAUAACAAUCAGUGUACGCAGUGGUUUCUCUGUUAUUACAAAAAGAUGUUCCCCUUAUUUAAUAAAUUUUAAUGUCACAGAAAUUCUUUAUAGCAUAUAAUAUACAGGUAUAAAUACUGUACAAAGCCGGAACACCAGCUUGUGCUGGGUAGUUGAAGUCAGAUAUUUAUCUUUUUUUGUCUUCUUGAGUAUAAUGGACAGAUAUGUACGGAUUUGGGCAGUGGAUGAUUCAUGUGCGUGUGUGUGCAUUUGCCGAGCGCUCAUGCUCAACUGUGUGUAUGUGUGAAAAAGAGAAAACCACUCCAUAUGUUUUAAGUUUUUGUGCUGCUUUUUUCCCCCUUACAAGGGAAAUACCGCCAUCAAAGGGACCAAGUCAGCUGGUUUGUAUUCCAGCCAAGGGGAUCCCAGCUCUGUAAAGAAUGUUAAAUGUGUAUUAUAAACCCUGCAUUCACUGCUUAACAGCCAUACAACAAAUGUAAUGUACAGUACAGGUCAUGUGUAAAGUGUAGGGGGCAAAUGCCAUUCUGUUAUUGAACUCUAUUGUUACCCCUCCACUCCAAAACCAACCCCCACCUCCAGUUUCAAAAGUGUUUGCUGAAUAGCAACCAAACAAGAAUAUAAAAACAGUCUGACUUUUGUCUUUAUUA